UGCACGUGGACGCUGAGAGGUGGAGCUAGAUCUAUACUGCCUAUCGAUCGGAGGAGGAGAACUAUCUAGAUAAAAAUGGCGCUGGAUGAAUUGGAGGAUUUUGUGAGGUCCAGGAUUGAAACUCAUCGCUAUUCUUAUCAAGCAGUCAGCGAAGAAUUGAAUAGAUUUUUUCCUGCACAAAGAGGUUUUAGUUCCAGAAAUGUCCGGCGUUUUUGUGUAAAAGCUGGUAUAACAAAAAUAUCCAGGCUUAACGAUAUUGAACUUGAUGACCUUAUUAAGAGAAACAUUCAUAAGGUUGGUAAUCAAUAUGGGCGGAAAACUAUGACUGGACUCCUAGCCUCACAAGGGUAUAGAGUAGGGGAAAAUCGAGUGGCAAGUUCUUUGAAGCGAGUAAACCCUAGCAAUCAUGCUGCCAGAUUGCAUUCAACACAGAGACUUAUGAAUCCAACUCCAUAUGUGGCAUAUUAUUAUGGCGAAAAAAUUCACAUUGAUCAGAAUGAAAAAUUGACGAUGUUCGGUGUUACACAUGUCAUAGGAGUUGAUGGUUUUAGUAAGAAAAUUGUUGGAUUCUGUACAAUGCCUAUUAAAAAUCCUGUUGCAGUAUAUGAACAUUUUUUCAGGCCCUUAGUUUUAGAGCAUGGCUUGUGGUCUCAAGUCAGAGUUGAUCGUGGAUCAGAAUGGGCACUCUUACUUCAGGUUCAAUCACAAUUAAGUAACCAUCGAUAUGAUACCACAAAACGUCCUUAUGUCCAAACAACAUCUAAGCAGAAUCAUGUUGUCGAACGAAUGUGGGUGGAUGUAAACUCGCGUGUUAAUUAUCCAGUCAAGAGGUCUUUGCUAAACAUGGUUGAAAAUGGCUCAUUACAAUUAGAUCAUCCAAUGAUUCGGUUUUGUGUCUCAUGGUACUCUAUUCAUAUUUGCAAUGUUGGAUUGGAUUUAUUUAUUCAAGCGUGGAAUAAUCAUCCCUUACCAAGUAGCAUCAGCUCAGGUAAUAGAGGCACACCUAAUCAGCGUAUGCUACAGAGUUGCUGUAUACAUCCACUUCAGUCUUCCUUUCUGCCCACAUCAGCACAAGCUGUAUUCCAGUAUCGACAAAGUGGUGGCCAAAUCACAGCAGAAAGCAACUUUGGCAGUGACCCACUUGCAAUUUACCCAGAAAAACAACUAUUGCGUGAGACUGCCUUCAAGAAACAAUAUCCUUCUUUUGAUGAGAUAUAUUUUCAAUUAAUUAGUGGCAGCGAUCAUACAUUUCAAGAUGGCUUAAAGUAUUUCAUCGAUUUAACCUAUAGGUUGACUCAAACUUAAAAGUUGUUGACAUGAUGUUUCAUUUUAUUCAUAAUGGUUACUUAUGGUUAAAAAUAUAAACAAGCGCCAUUAUAGUUCUCCUCCCACCUCCAGGACCUCCUCUCAGCGUCCACGUGCAUGUAUAAGAGAACAACAGGAGUCAUUAUGUCUGUGAAACUCGUAAGGGAAGGAGAGGAGGCUGAGGAGCCAAUAGAGAUUAGAUUGACCCAGUUAACUCCGCAAGCUGUAUGUAGUUUGUUUUCAAUUUCUAUGAAUACGGUUUGGCUAAGAGAGCAGAGAGGAGCUAGGGUCUUUUUCCCCAACCUUAGUAAAACGUCAUUUGAUGUACCCAGUGAUGUGGAAUGUUUGAUUGCGAUGGGGACUCCGAGUGACGGUGUUGGUGUCGUAUCAUCUCAGCCAAGUGGAUCUGGAUUUUCCACACCCAUAUUGUCUGGCACUACGAGAUCUAUGCUUUGCCCCAGCCGACCAGUGUUCAGUAAAAAAAGUAUUGAUGGAGGAACUGCAAAUGUGAAAAUAGUUCAGGCUCAUUUUGUUAAAAGUACCGGAAAAGGUCCUAAUAAGUUUCUUCCUACAACAGAACAGAUAUUUGUUCCAGUGAAAGAGUCUACUGCUAACGUGCUCCAUGUAACAGAGAUCAUGCAAGAUAGCUGGGGCACUGAAUAUGUACUGAUCACAUCUGAUGGCCUAAGGAUACAAGAUUCUGCAGGGACUCGGGGUUUAAGCUUCUGGUGUCUUGGUAGCCGUAAGAUCUUUGCUGUUACUAAAGAUGAUUUGUUCAGAUUUGGAGGAAAGGGAAAUGGGAGAUCAGAUAAAAGGAAGCGGGAUGUGGUAGAACUGUCAUCUAGUGAUGAGGAAAACCCCCGAAUGAAGGAAAAGCUUAUGACAAAGUUAGAGGAAUUGUUGGAGGAGAUGAAAUAUCUCAGAAGGGACGUCACGAAAAGUAUAGGCCUUCCUCCAGGAUUGUGUUGGUCUGAGAGAGCACUACCUGACACCUGUAAUGUUACUGAGCCCGAGGACUUUAUUGCUACAAUGUCACCAUGACAAGAUAGUCUUCACAUGUACCAACUCCUCCUCUUUUUACUAUAGGCAUAGUAUCUUUAACAUUAACAAUAUGAUGAUGACAGUUUUUGUCAUCAUUAUCAUUUUCAUCAGUUAAUAAUCUUACCUAUAUAAUUAUGCUUAUUACCAUGUUAGCAAUGAACUUAGUUACUAUCAUGUAUCGCCAUUUCAUUAUGUGAUUAACGAUGAAUGAUCAUUUGAAUUUUUGCUUCAUUUCUGUAAUGAUUUUGUCACUUCCUGAA